AUGUGCCAGGAAUGUCAACGACUGGGGCUUCCCAACUGCCGACCGAGAAAUGAGCUAGUCCCGCGAGCCAUCAGUCCUGUUCUUCGGGUUCGGGAGUCGCUAGAGCCAGGCGACGCACAUAUUCCUGAAGCGGAUUCUGUCAUGUCGCUGAAUCAAAGAGUCAAGAACAACCACGACUUCAACGUGAGUGAAUAUCUCAGCCAGGUCGCCCAGCUACCCGAGGGUAGCUUGGUUGGAAUUACCCGGCGUGGAGACUUGAGCGAAAGUAGCGCACUUGAAUCACAAACUCGUGCCGUCCGCCGUACGGUGGAAGAGCAAUCGACCAUAAACAGUCUCUCAUUGUGUGAAACAAUCCACAUAUCCCAGGCAAAGAUGACAACUUUCGACCCCACCGAGCAACAUUUGUUGCUUCAUUAUGUACAACAUGUCUCUCGAGCAUUGGUUGUUGUCAACGACGAUGAAAAUCCUUUUCUAAGGGAUGUUCUUCCGCUUGCGAUGGAGGUCAAGUCAGUUCGACACGCCCUGCUGGCUUUGUCUGCUUGCCAUUUGUGCAAGGCAUAUCCCAGAUUUGAAGACACGUUGCUUCGCCAACAUAGCUUGUCGUUGCAUUUUCUGAAACUAGAUGUGCAAUCGGAAAAGAAAAUGGCUCACACCCUGGUCGCAUCUCUUUUGCUAUGUCUCUUCGGGAUUUGCCACGGAAAAUCUUCGAAAUGGAUUCUUCACCUUUACGGCGCAAAGGCUUUGGUUGAUUCGCACAUGCAGGCGGCUUUUGAGCCCCCGCCAUUGCAGUCCGCUAUUGACCUUUACGACUUGAUAUGUUGUAAAACAAGAAUUACUUGCAACAAGGUUCCUAUGGCGCGAGACAAAUUUCUAUCGCCGACUUGUGCCGGAGAGUCUCAUAACAUCCAUCCUUUAUUCGGUGUAGCAAGAGAUUUAUACCAGGCGCUGGAGUCCAUUAACCAGCUUGUUUCAGAGAAAGCGACUAAAGACAUAGUCAGACCAGCUGAUGCGUUUCUUUCGAUGAAGGCCCGAAAUAUUCAGAAAUCUCUGAAUGAGUGGGUUGCGCCAACGCAAGUCGACCACUCGAGCCCCCAACUCAUUCGUGACAGCAUCAAAGCAGCCGAAGCCCUCCGGUGGACCGCGAUAAUCCGCUUACAUCAAGUGAUGGGCUGGCCAUCCAGUUAUCAAGCCAACCAGCAAUGCUUUGUACAAAAUAUCCUCACCGCCAUUUCUCAUAUACCACCUGGAUCCCCUGUGAAUGGACAAUUGUUGCUGCCGCUGUUCAUAGCGGGAGUGACUGCAACGAGAAAGACACAGCGGCUUCAAAUAGAUUAUCGAAUCAGUCUCCUAGAGAGUAACAUCAGCAUGGGAAACAUAGCUGGUGCCCAUCAGGUUCUGGAUUUGGUUUGGAAGCACGGCUAUGAAAAUAAAUUAAACUGGGAGGUCUUUCUCCAGAGAGACCACCCUUGUGUGGUGCUGUACUAA